AUGGCUUUGCGACGCGUCGGUGCUGCUGGCAAGGGCAAGCAGAAAGAGCUUACCGAGGAGCAGAAGCAGGAAAUCAAGGAAGCCUUCGAUCUUUUCGAUACCGAUGGCUCCGUACUGAUUUUCUUUUCGUUUUUCUGAAAGUGAAAAAAGAAAAACUUUUUUUCAUGCAUGAUGAAUCGAUUUUGAAUGCCAAAAAAAUGACCGACCUUCACUAAAACAGGGUUCCAUCGAUGCUAAGGAGCUGAAGGUUGCCAUGCGCGCCUUGGGCUUCGAGCCGAAGAAGGAGGAGAUUCAGAAGAUGAUUGCCGAUGUCGAUGACGAUGGCAGCGGGUAUUCAAGUUUGACAUGGUUUGAAGAUGCAAAGAUGAUAUUGGAUUUUAUGGAAAUGCGCGAGUACACGCGCUACUAUCUUUCAUUUCAUGACUACUAUUCAAAACUACAGUUCCAUCGAGUUCGAGGAAUUUUUGAAGAUGAUGACCCAGAAGAUUCUGAACCGUGACCCGAAGGACGAAAUUCUGAAAGCCUUCCGCCUCUUCGACGAUGAUGAAACUGGUACUGAUUCAAUUUGGUUGCUUCAUACUUGAUAGCAAGUGCCUAAUUUAAUAUUGCAGGAGCUUGUAUUGCAUUUGCAUACAAAUGCUUAUACCAAUUCCAAUUAUUCCUGUGCAUCUGCAUGACGUGUAAUCAUUUGCAUAGCCAUAGAUGCAGUUGCACUGUGUUUUAGUUUUUCCCAGUGGGGGCGGGGCGCGCGAGUGGGGGGGAUAAAAAUUGGUUUAACAUUCAUUACCCACAGGUAAAAUCUCCUUCAAGAACCUGAAGCGGGUCGCGAAGGAGCUCGGGGAGCGCAUGACCGACGAGGAACUGCAGGAAAUGAUCGAUGAAGCCGAUCGCGAUGGCGAUGGUGAGGUCAACGAGGAGGAGUUUUUGCGCAUCAUGAAGAAGACCAACUUGUUCUAA